CUGCCUGCAAAACGGCGAGAAUACGACAGCAGAGGUACUAGCAAACACCUCGUCAAUUCCAGGACUAGCUACAGAUAGAAAAUACGAUUUUUCAAUGUUGGUUAGCCUCGUUGCUCCAGAAACCAAACCAGCGAAGUCGUUGUAGGCCAGACGCGGUUGCCUGUAUCCUGUUGUAAAGUAUAAUUUGGAAAUUACGCCACCGCCGAAUAUACAUUGUAUAUGCUCAUAUCUAAGGGUUAGCUGACAGGCUACCUAGCACAGCCAUUGGGGCAAUGGCGUUGAAAAGAAUUCAGAAGGAGCUGUCCGACUUGCAAAGGGAUCCCCCUGCUCAGUGCUCCGCUGGACCAGUUGGAGAUGAUUUGUUUCAUUGGCAGGCAACGAUAAUGGGUCCGAGUGACAGCCCCUAUCAGAAUGGAGUGUUUUUCCUUACUAUCCACUUCCCUACAGAUUAUCCAUUUAAACCACCCAAAGUUGCAUUUACAACUAAAAUUUACCAUCCUAAUAUUAACAGUAAUGGAAGUAUUUGUCUGGAUAUACUAAGAUCACAGUGGUCACCUGCACUAACCGUAUCGAAAGUAUUAUUAUCAAUCUGCUCCCUUCUUUGUGAUCCAAACCCUGAUGACCCUUUGGUACCAGAGAUUGCUCAUACAUACAAGGCUGACAGGGAAAAGUACAACAAACUGGCAAGAGAAUGGACCCAGAAGUAUGCAAUGUGAGGUUGCCAAGAUGGAAAUCCAAAAGGAGGACAUAUUUGUUACUGAAGGCAUAGGAAAAACAACAAACAAGACAAUGGACAACCUUUCGGACAAGGUGGCAAUAUUAUGAUGUGCUGAGUUGAGUCAAUGCGUCUUUAAUGCAUGUAUCGAUCUCAGCAGGACCUAAAGAGUCCCUGGAGGCACUCCUUUACUGAAAAAGACACUACUCUUAGUCCAUAUGCCACACUCAAGACUUCAAACUGUUACUCUUGCUAGUGUUUUUGCAGCCAUCUUUGUUGCUUUAUAUACAUGCACUUCAUUAUGUUGUUUUACUGCCUGGAUUUUGGAAAGGAUCACCGUGAUUUUGGGGAUGCUGCUCAUGUCCCACUGGAUGUCUUCUCUUAUUGUAUUUCCAUGGAUUUAGUGGCCUUUCUGUGAUCUAGUGUUUCGGUCGACGUGCAAUUGAGACAGAAUGUUUCCAGUUCAACAAUUUUGGUGCAGUGCCAUUACCAGCAGCUGAUCACAUGGCACAUAUUAACACUACCCCAAAACAAUGUGAAAUUUUAACAAAAAAAUGGACUGAUCAUCUUUGUUUGCUUUUAGGAUUGCAGCAUGUAGCGUUAUCGGAACUGGAGCUUUAUCUGUCUAAACCGCAGCUCCUAACAAACUACUGGAUUUUUCUCCCAAUUUGUCAUUGCUCAUAUACUGUAUAAUGUCCAACAAUACAUUUUUGUUGGGUUUGUCAAAUGUUACUGUUACAUGACAAUGUUAAUAUGAUCAUGGCUACUUCGCAGCAUGUAGCUAAGCUAUAUGUUACCUCCUCAGUACAUUUACUCAGGUAUCAAACCCAAUCAUCAGCCUUUCUAAUAAGUAGUGAUCCUUGGUGAGAAAAAUGCCUGAAGUCUAUAUUGUAUGUUCUGAUACACUCAUGAAAUGUGCUGAAAGACAAAACAGUUCUACCCUUGAUAUUUGUGUUACACGAGUAUUUUAUGGGAGAGGAGACUUUUUUUUUUUUUUAACCUUUGUUUUAUGAACAAAACUUGGACGUGAACAACUUAACAAUGCAUAUGCUACUGAUGCUACUGUUGAUGCGCUAAAGUGGACCUGAAGUAAUGCUUUUCAGGGUAAGUUAAUGACAUUUUUUUGUUUGUUUUUAAUGUUUUAGGUAAUGUAAAGCUACAUUUCAACGUACUCAUAAUCAUGAUUACACAGGUAUUUUUUGAGGUACAGAACCUCAGCUAGCUGGUUGCCACAUUUGUGUUGUAUCUUCAAGAUAUUUAGUUUUAGCCUUCUGUUCAUGUCAUCUGGAGUGACUAUUGGAAUGUGUCAUAUAAUAAUGUUAGUUUGAAUUUAACAACAUUAAUACUUGUUAGUGUGUGCUUUUUCCAUGUACUGAUGCUGCCAAUAAAAAGGGAAACUAAUAGCAUAAAGUUGAAUAAAUUGUCAUCCAACACAUCCUUAAGGAUCCCUAAUGAAGCAUGGACAUUAGCUGCUUCAAUAUUAGAUUUCAGGCCAUGUUUUAAAAUUCGUUGUUUGCUAAUGUAUACACUUGAGUUUUUGAAAAAGCUACACUGAAUGAAGUAAAUGUUUUUGUUUAGAAUUUGUGUACAGUACUAGAAUGCUAUUUUUAAGAGCUCAAACCGAAAGAAAUUGCAGCCUCAAUUAUUGUGACUGAUUUUAGUUACCAUUGACUCUUGUGCUCAAUAAAGUUUAUGUAGGCAGCUUGGCAUGCUUUGCACUCUAGAGAAACUUCUCUCAGCCACUUGCCAGAUAUCAGGGAUUUUGUUAUAAUUCAUCUGCCCAACACAUCUGAAGAAACUUCUAGCCUUAACCCUCAUUUUGUUUAUAAAGGAAAAUUCCAUAGUGUCAAAUGCCUAAAUUAGAUGUCUUGGCUUGUUCUUUUGAGAAUUUUUCUUAAUUCAAGGCUGGCUCUCUGCAGCUUAAACAUUGUGCUUGAACGAUCUCCUUGAGCAUCCACAUCCCUUUGUCCAUACAAGUUAACUUUCAUUAAACAUGAAUAAAGUCAAUGGA